AUGGGUAUUUUGUCAGGGGCACCUGAUCAGCUAAGCAGCUGGAUCUUCCCGAUAGCUGUGACCUUCGCAGUGUUUAUCAUAACAAGAUCCAUCUCAGGAGCGUUCAGGAAAGGCCUAAGAAAUCUACCGGGACCAGGGAUCGCCAGAUUUACUCCUUUCUAUCGCGCAUGGAGGAUCUCUCACGGAGAUGCACCAACCUACUACCUGAAGUUACAUCAACGAUAUGGACCGAUAGUUCGUACAGGACCAAAUACUGUUGACGUUUCGGAUCCCAAAGCUCUGCCUACUAUAUAUGGCAUCAAUAGCAAGUUUCUGAAGUCUGCGUUUUACGAUACAUUCAGCCCCUUCUUCGAAGACAAAGUAAUGCCCAGCAUGUUCUCCGUCAGAAAUCCUGCUAUGCACCAGGCACUAAGAAGACCAGUUGCUCAGAAAUUCUCCAUGUCCUCAAUCAAAUCUCUGGAGCCCUAUGCAGAUAAGUGUACGAAGAUAUUUGUCGACUCUAUGAGAGAGCUGGAAGGUCAGCAAGUGGAUCUAGGAGCAUGGUUACAAUGGUACGCGUUUGAUGUGAUUGGCGCGAUUACCUUCCAGCAACGAUUCGGAUUCAUGGAGCAGAAGAAAGAUGUGCAGAAUAUGAUAGCGGAUCUUGAAGUCGGACUUCGCUACGCGGGUAUUAUUGGCCAGGUUCCUUCUCUUCAUUCUUGGAUGAUUGGAAAUAUCUGGGUUGGGAAGUUCUUAGCUAUGCAGCCAUUUGUGCACGCCCCCGAUCCUCUUCGAUCUAUGGUGCAGUUUACGCAAAAGUGCAUCGAUGAUUAUGGUCGUCAAUCCGCUACGCAACAUAGCGACCGACCGGACUUUCUUGCAUGGCUUCGAAGUGAGGAGUCAAAGGGCAAGCCGAUGUCGAACCGUGAUAUGAUGAAUCAUCUGAGCAAUAAUCUGCUUGCUGGAAGCGAUACCACGGGGAUCUCUCUGCGCGCCAUCAUUUACUUCCUCGUUCAAACACCAUCGGCAUACAAAAAACUGCAGGUUGAGGUAGACAAUGCUGAUAAAUUGGGCAAAUUAUCUGAUUAUAUCACCUACGCUGAGUGUCUAGAACUUCCAUAUUUGUGCGUCUCGGAUUAUGUCUACAACAAACAAGCUGUGAUGAAAGAAGCAAUGCGGUGCCAUCCUGGUGUAUCAUAUCCUCUCGAGCGUGUUGUCCCUGAAGGUGGAGCCACGCUUUGUAGAGUCUAUUUCGAGGCAGGCACUAUUGUCGGAAUGAACCCUGCUGUUAUACAUCACGACAAGAGUAUCUUCGGAGAAGAUGCGGCGAAUUUCCGACCGGAAAGAUGGAUCGAGUCCAGUGAAGAACAAGUCAAACUGAUGGAUCGGCAUUUGAUGACGUUUGGUUAUGGAUCUCGAACAUGCAUCGGGAAGAAUAUUUCCAUUAUGGAGAUGGGCAAACUGGUACCUCAGAUCAUUCGGAAAUUCGAAGUUGAGUGGGCGUCUGAUCAACCUGAUUGGCAUGUUGAGACUUUCUGGUUUGCAAAACAGCACGGCGUGAUCUGCCGCUUGAGGUCGCGCGAUUCUUUUUGA